AUGACAGUAUCUAAAUAAAAAUUUUAAGAUAAAAAUCUUUUCUAUCAUUUCAAUUUGAAUUAAAAUAAAUAAAAUAAUAAAAAGUUUUACAUUCUGAACUUAACUUCUUAAGCUAGUGCAAAAUUUAUCGUACAAAGCGGGAAAUCAUAAAUAAGUUAAUAAAUUUUUAAAUAAAAACUUUAAUCACAAUAUGAACUAAUAGUUCAGGAUUUUGUUGAGGAAUUAUUAAAGUUUGACUGCUUAUUAAAGUAUCUAGAAAAUAAAGUAAUGGAAACACUUUACCUAAAAUUGUUAUUGUAUAAUAACUUGAUUCAUCAAAGUGAAAAAUCUUUAAAUGGUUUACAUUUUAACAAAUAAUUAUUUAUUUUAUGUUAAUAAUUAUAUGAGGUUAAUAAAAUCUUAAAAAUAUAAUUUAAUUAUAAACCUAAUCAAGCUAUUCAUAGAUUAUAUACUUUUUUUUUAGGAGAAAUAAUAUCUAAUUAUCAUAAAUCAAUCACAUUUUAUAAGAAUUCAAAGUGCUUUGAAGAUGAUACACAAAAAAUUGAGUAAGUAGGAAAUUUAGACUUAAAUAAAAAAAACAUUCACUAUGCAAUAUUAGAAUUAGGUGAUGAUCUGCAAAAUUUAAUUUUGGUAGGGUAAUCUCAAAAUUUUUUUGAUAAUUACGGAAAAAGUUUUGAAAGAAAUAGAUUAUUUGAACAUUUUUUACCAGAUUGUUUGAUUCCAUAUCAUAAAUUAUUUGUGAAUCAAUUUUUAGAAACUGGAAAAAAUAAAUUUAUUUAAGUUUUUUCAUACAAUUUUAUAAUGAAUCCUUAACAUAUAUUAACCACUGUUAAAAUGUAUCAUUCUGUCACAACUUUGUUCAAAAGCAGAAAUAUCACUUUUGCUGUAUUUUUACAAUAAGCUCCCCUAGAUCAAGCUUUUUUGUUUGUUGAUGGAAAAAAUAUGAAAUGUACAUUUACAAAAAAUUUAUUGAUAUAAGUAGGAUGGUCAGAUGAGGAUAUUUUAAAUGAAAGGAAAAUAAAAGAAAUUUUAGAAAUUUAAAUUUUAUAAAUUUAUCCUAAUUUUUAAAAAGUGAUCGAAAAUUUAGAAGAUGAGAUCCUUUUAAAGUCGAUAGCUAUGCAUUUUCCUGCGGCGCUAGAAAAUAAUAACAUAGUUUCUUCAACCACAGGAAAAUCAAAUUUGAAAAUGCUAACUUAGGAAUGUGAUAUAUUAGUUUAAAAAAAGUAAAUAGGUGAUUUUUGCUACUUUUUAAUUAAUAUUGUAAAAAUGUUUACAUCAAACAAAAAUAGGAGAUAAACUAAAAUUUAAGAAUUAGGAUAGUUAUAAAUUGGCAAAGAAAAUAAUUUAGAACUUAGAGAUGUAUUUAUGGAUUGUAACCUAGAUUCAUAAGAGGAUUCACCUCAUAUUGGAAACCUAAAUAGUGUAAAUUUUAUUAAUUAGUAAUUAAUGGGAUCUCUUUAAAAAAUUAUUCAACCAUACCAUUUAUAAAUAAAACCUUAAAUAUUUGAUAAUAAUUUUCCAGUACCUAAGUCGAGGAGAGAUGAAACUGGUAAUUAAAGUGAUCAAUGUUUAAUUACUUAUAGAAAUAGCUAAAUAAAAUAAAAUACCAAAAAAAAUAGUAUUUAGAAUUCAUAAAGCUUGUAAAGCAAAGAAGAUUAAAUAAAUUAAAAAAACGACUUCGUUUCUUUUUAAUUAAACGAAAGUUCAAAUGAAAUAGAUAAAGUUCAUCAACAUUAUGUAUUACUCAAUAACAUCAUAUCAACAAGUCCUUAAAAAUAUUAAUAGAAAUUUAUGUUUUUAUUUAGCUUUUGGCUUUUAUUUUUUAUUGUAUUUAUAAUUAUCCAAUAUGUUGAGCUUCAAAAUGAUUUAGAUGCCCUUUUAAGUUAUGGAUUUAUGACAUCAUUUUAUGCUUCCAUAAUGGGGCCACAUGAUUUAUAUUUCUCUAUGCGAAUAACAAUAACUGCAUAUUAACAAAUGAAUAGGGAAGGUUUUCUUCCUAACAGUGAAUUAAAAUAAUUAAUCGAACCUUUUUAAGAAACAGUAGAUUUGGGCUACAUUGAAUUAAGAAGUAGCCUUUACGAUUAAUUGAAUAACAAAUAUAUCCAAAAAUUUUUGGAUGAUGUUAAAGUAGUCAUAAAUUUUAUGGGUAAAAAUGAAUAAGAAAUAUAUCCAAUUGAUAUAUCUUUUCGAGAUUCUUUAUUGGUAAUUUUGCAAUAUUAACAUGCUCAAAUGAUAACUUUACAAAGACGCGAAAGCACUAGUGGUAAGCCAUUUUAAGUAUCUUUAUUUGCAAACUACUUCAUGCUGCACAAAGAAUGUGAAAAAUUAUCCCAGCUCAUGUAUGAAUAUGCAAUCUUGAUGAAUCAAAAUUUUAAUCAAAAAUUAAUUUUUAUAUGGGUAAGCUUUAAUUUUGCUUUAAUAAUCUUUUACUUUUAUUUGUAAAAUUUCCAAAUAUAGUUUUUUUCUUUAUAAGAUAGAUUUGUAUAGCUUAUCUUUUUAGUUGAUGAACAUGUUUUGAAACGUGAAGUUGAAAGAUAUAAUAAUUUGAUAAAUUCAAUUAAUUUAAAUUAAGAUGUAUUAUUUAAAUAUGAUCCUCAUCAAAAAUUACAUGAACAUUUAAAUUUACCUUUUCAAAAACUAUUAAAUGUAAAUUAGAAAUAAAAACAGAAUUAUUAGGCUGUUAAUAAAACUAGAAGUUUCAUAAAGAUCCUUAAUAUAGGAUUUCUUGUUUUAAUAUUGUCAAUAAUUCUUAUUUUUGUUGUAAUAAAUAUUGUGUCCACUACGUUAUUUUUUAAUAAAUAUGAUGAAACUAUUUACUUCUAUAAAUAAGUAUUAGAGAUGAAACUAAGGCCAGGUAAUUUAAUAUUGUACAGAGAAACAUUUUUUAGAUGGCAAAACUUCACCUUUCUAACAGAAAAUAAUAAAUUGGAGCUUUAUGAGUUAGUUAAUAAAGCUCAAUUUGCAAUUUAAAAUUACAUCUAAACAUCAAACACAAUAGAUUUUGAUCAUUUUCUAAUAGAUUAAAAUUUCAUUGAUNUAAAGUGAUCAAUGUUUAAUUACUUAUAGAAAUAGCUAAAUAAAAUAAAAUACCAAAAAAAAUAGUAUUUAGAAUUCAUAAAGCUUGUAAAGCAAAGAAGAUUAAAUAAAUUAAAAAAACGACUUCGUUUCUUUUUAAUUAAACGAAAGUUCAAAUGAAAUAGAUAAAGUUCAUCAACAUUAUGUAUUGUUAUAAAGAAAUAUAUUAAUUACUUAUUAAUUAACAAAUAAAAUGAUUAAAUGUGAUAGCCAAACAUUUAUUACUCAAUAACAUCAUAUCAACAAGUCCUUAAAAAUAUUAAUAGAAAUUUAUGUUUUUAUUUAGCUUUUGGCUUUUAUUUUUUAUUGUAUUUAUAAUUAUCCAAUAUGUUGAGCUUCAAAAUGAUUUAGAUGCCCUUUUAAGUUAUGGAUUUAUGACAUCAUUUUAUGCUUCCAUAAUGGGGCCACAUGAUUUAUAUUUCUCUAUGCGAAUAACAAUAACUGCAUAUUAACAAAUGAAUAGGGAAGGUUUUCUUCCUAACAGUGAAUUAAAAUAAUUAAUCGAACCUUUUUAAGAAACAGUAGAUUUGGGCUACAUUGAAUUAAGAAGUAGCCUUUACGAUUAAUUGAAUAACAAAUAUAUCCAAAAAUUUUUGGAUGAUGUUAAAGUAGUCAUAAAUUUUAUGGGUAAAAAUGAAUAAGAAAUAUAUCCAAUUGAUAUAUCUUUUCGAGAUUCUUUAUUGGUAAUUUUGCAAUAUUAACAUGCUCAAAUGAUAACUUUACAAAGACGCGAAAGCACUAGUGGUAAGCCAUUUUAAGUAUCUUUAUUUGCAAACUACUUCAUGCUGCACAAAGAAUGUGAAAAAUUAUCCCAGCUCAUGUAUGAAUAUGCAAUCUUGAUGAAUCAAAAUUUUAAUCAAAAAUUAAUUUUUAUAUGGGUAAGCUUUAAUUUUGCUUUAAUAAUCUUUUACUUUUAUUUGUAAAAUUUCCAAAUAUAGUUUUUUUCUUUAUAAGAUAGAUUUGUAUAGCUUAUCUUUUUAGUUGAUGAACAUGUUUUGAAACGUGAAGUUGAAAGAUAUAAUAAUUUGAUAAAUUCAAUUAAUUUAAAUUAAGAUGUAUUAUUUAAAUAUGAUCCUCAUCAAAAAUUACAUGAACAUUUAAAUUUACCUUUUCAAAAACUAUUAAAUGUAAAUUAGAAAUAAAAACAGAAUUAUUAGGCUGUUAAUAAAACUAGAAGUUUCAUAAAGAUCCUUAAUAUAGGAUUUCUUGUUUUAAUAUUGUCAAUAAUUCUUAUUUUUGUUGUAAUAAAUAUUGUGUCCACUACGUUAUUUUUUAAUAAAUAUGAUGAAACUAUUUACUUCUAUAAAUAAGUAUUAGAGAUGAAACUAAGGCCAGGUAAUUUAAUAUUGUACAGAGAAACAUUUUUUAGAUGGCAAAACUUCACCUUUCUAACAGAAAAUAAUAAAUUGGAGCUUUAUGAGUUAGUUAAUAAAGCUCAAUUUGCAAUUUAAAAUUACAUCUAAACAUCAAACACAAUAGAUUUUGAUCAUUUUCUAAUAGAUUAAAAUUUCAUUGAUUUAUUUGUUAACAUUAAUUAAAAUAAUCCUUGCAAAUUUAUUGGAGAAGUAAAUUUUUAAUUAAAUUAGAAAUUUUAAAAUUUAUCAUAAAUGUAUUGUGAAUCAGCGUUUGAUGGAGCUUUUUCAAAAGGAAUGAUAACAACAUUAAAUUACUUGUCCAAUUUAAUAAAAUCUUAAUAAGCCCUCAAUAAUUUUACUCAUAGAGUAGAAAUGUAAUAUUAUGAAUUGGAAGGAUCAUAAAUUAUAAGCAGAAUAUUUUCUGUCUUAGUUAAUCAAUUUAAUAAAAGUUUGAAAGGAUAAUUUAUAGAGAUGGAAAUUUUUUUUACAGUAUCAAUUAAUUAUUUUUAGGCAUUAUCAAUAGCUUUUGCAAUACUAACAAUAUGUUUACAAUUGUUGCUUUUUUUUUUUUAUUCUCCUUAUUUAGGUAGAAUAAUGAAAAUAAUUAAAAGAGUAAUUUACUUAAUUCCUUUUGAAUCAUUGAUGAAUAAUUCAACAAUAGAGAGAUAGUUGAAGGAAUUAAAGUUUAAAUUUUAAUGA